CGCAAUCGCUAUCUGUGCCAUUUUCAUACCCCGUACCCUCUACGCAAAAAGAUCGAGAAACCCUUGUUUGCUAAACGCAUUCCAGCUUCUUACGCCGAAUUCAAUUUACGAUCACAGGUUUAUCUUCAACUAGCGACAUGUCGUCUAAGAAGACUGAUGAGCCUAGCAAAGAGCCGGGUAACGGUUCGGAUGAACUCACCGCCGUCGUCGAAGAGCUUUUAGAUUCACUUUCUACUAAGUUUACUACUGUCUCGUCCGAAAUCUUCGCGAAAAUGGACGAGAUGACGCGACGUUUGGAUAGCCUCGAAUCUGCGCUGCAAGCGAGUGAGGAGAAGUUAUCUAAUGCGGCCUCGAAACAGCAGUAGUGCUAAAUUAGACGAAGUUAGAGUUGGGACAUCACUUAAGGCAUUGCUUGGCGUUGUGGAAGAAUUGAUAAGUACAUCUAUUGCGAUGGUUUGCUUAGGAUGAAUGA